AUGCUGGUUCUGACCCACAGCGAUGAGUUGAACAGAACCUACGGUGAGGAGAGUCGAUUUCCCUUUGACCACAUCGCAAACAAAAACACAAGCAGUCCCUCUCUGACUGAGCAGGACACCCCCGCCCUGAGAGAGAGGCCAGCUCCUGACCUGCCGGGAUCCAGCAGCACCUCAUGGCAUGGUGAUGGUCCAUCUUUUAAAGAGACCAGGGCUACUGUCAUCUCCACUGGACCCAGAACCAUCACCAUAACUUCCACAGUUUCCAGUGCAGACUCCCUGUGGCUCAGAAACACCUCGAGUUACGGCAAAGGAGAGAGAUCCUCUGAGAUGGAAGAGGACGCAACGGGAAGCAACAGUGAGGAGAAGCUGAGAUUCAAGGGUAAGAGGAGCAGAUCCAGUCGGAUGGAGGCAUCGUCUAAAGGGGAUAAUCAAGAGCAGAGACUUUCUGAGGAUGGAGAGGAGGGAAGGGAAGGAGCAUCUACGCACCGUGAAGAAGAGAGAGCAGGGCUGAGUUUGGCUGAUUCACUUCUGAGCCCCAACGCUGGCACCACGGGUCUGAAUCCAGCUCCCACCAUCACCGCCUGGGAGGCCGGAUGGAACGUGACAAACGCAAUACAGGGCAUCUUCGUGUUGGGUUUGCCGUUCGCUCUGGUCCGGUCCGGUUACGUGGGUCUGGUUGUGUUGGUUCUGUCGGCGUGGGUGUGUAACCACACAGGGAGCAUCCUGGUGGCCUGUCUGUAUGAAGAGGAACAAAGUCAGGGGGGGUCUGGCUCGGGGUCAAAGGUCAGAGUCCGGCACAGCUACCAGGACAUAGUGGAGGCCUGCUGCAAAGGACUGUGGCCCCACUGGCCUGGAGUGGGGGGGUGGAUGGUAAACGUAGCUCAGGUGGUUGAACUGUUGAUGACCUGCACCCUCUACCUGGUCGUCUCUACCAGCCUGUUGUCUGACAGUCUGUCUGGAAUGACUGUUCCCAGAUCAGUGUGUUCUCUGGUCUCGCUGGUGUUCCUGCUGCCCUGCCUGCUGCUGACUGACCUCAGACCAGUCUCCACACUCAGCCUGCUCUGCUCCCUGACUCACAUACUCAUCAGCCUGAUGGUGAUGCUGUACUGUCUGAGUCGAGCCAGCCGCUGGUCCUGGUCCUGUCUGUCUCUGUCUGUGGACCCGGAGGACUUCCUCGUCUCUGUUGGCGUCAUCAUCUUCUCCUACACCUCACAGAUCUUCCUCCCUCCUCUAGAGGGCAGCAUGGAGGACAGGGGGCAGUUUGAUGCUAUGCUGGGUUGGACCCACGCUGCUGCCUGCGUCAUGAAAACCAUGUUUUCUUUACUGGCCGUGUUGACCUGGGGUGCGGAGACCAGUGAGGUCAUCACAGAAAACCUGCCCUCUGACCUUCGACCUCUGGUCAACCUGUGUCUGUUGGCCAAAGCCCUGCUGUCCUACCCGCUGCCGUUUUACUCUGCUGCUGAAAUACUACAAACCUGUCUGCUGAAAGACUCCGCUGUCUCGUUGGGCUCCAAACCCGGGGGUGGAGGCGUGUCUCGUCCGGCCCUGCUGGUCCGCGGCGCCCUGCUGAUGACAUCGUCCCUGCUGGCCCUGCUGGUGCCCAGGUUCUCCCUGCUGAUGGGUUUGACAGGCAGCGUGACCGGGUCAGCCAUGACGCUCAUCCUGCCCUGUCUGUUUCACCUCAGACUUCGCUGGGGCCGCCUCACUGCGAGGGCCCGGCUGAUCGAUGCUGGUAUAUUGAGUCUGGGGGUCGUCUGCAGUGUGUCUGGUGUGAUUUGUUCGGUGAAGCGACUGGUGCAGGGACUGUAG